GAUUACUGUAUAUCUUCUGUGUGUCUUAAUUUGCUUGCUUUUUACAGACGAAUUCGAAACAAGAAAUGGAUUCUGGAAACAGUGGGAGCAUACAAUCAUCCAGUGGUGCUGAUGAAGAGUGCGAUUCACGCGCCGCCGUCAACUCUCAUGCUGCUUUCAUCCCAACCCAUCACCAACCUCACCCACCACCACCACCUUUCAACCACCAUAUGUUUGAUCAGAAUCAGAUCAACAACCCCUUGUUCUUUACGGCGUCCCCACAACGCCAACUUCUUAAUCUUGACUCCGCGGUCUGGUCAAAAACCCUACCUUCUUUCUCGGACCACCACUUCUUCCCUUCAUCUUCACAACCCACCGCCCAUACUGUUCCAUUCUCACCAGCCACCACUAUGACUACCACCGCUGAACCAAUUACGUCGACCACCGCUCCUCCGACUGGUGCUCGAAACCCGAAGAAACGAUCUAGAGCUUCACGACGUGCACCAACUACUGUGUUGACUACGGAUACUAGUAACUUUAGAGCCAUGGUUCAGGAGUUCACUGGCAUCCCUGCACCACCUUUCACAUCAUCUUCAUCGCCGCCGUUCCCUAGGUUGACGACAAGCUUUGAUCUUUUUGGUAGAACGUCUUCCAUGAUGAGAUCCAACACCAACAACUUUGAUAACCUACCUCAACUACCCCCUUAUCUUCUUCUUCCAUUCCCGCAAAAACUCCAAUCUUCAUCUGCAUCUUCUUCAUCCUCAAUUUCUUCAUUGUUGGAUUCCAGUAAUUUGCUCACCACCAUGCAAAACACAAUCUCGUUUCCUUCUAACUCUCUUAAUCAAUCAUCGUUUCUCCACACGAAAACCACACAAAACGUGGGCUCUUCAAAUGGGUAUGGUGUGAUAGGACAAGCCCAGGUUAAUGAACUUCACACCAGUUUACCAGACCUUGUCUCUUCCAAAGGAACGGCACCCGGACCCACCACCACAACCACAAGAAGCGACGGGGAUCAGAUGGCGUCAGGGAACUGGGACGGCGGAGGCGGCGGUGUUAACUACACCAAUGGAAAGGAAUCGUCUCGCGUGAUAACAGAUCAUCAUCAUUCUUCUGGUAUGAAAGCUGAUCAAGGGUUCAUUGAACCCUGGAUUUGUUCUUCAGAUUAGUGAAAUAUAUAUAAAUAUAUAUACACCAUUUCUUAUGAACUUUAUGAUUACAAGUAGGUGGGUAUGGAUUAUGAUCUUUCUCUCUAACAAUGGCAAAUGAAGAUUUGGGGUUAUUUUGUGUAUAAAUACCUGAUUAAUUUAUACUACUAGGUUGAAGAAAACUAUUAUAUAAUGAAAUUAUAUGAAACGAAUGUGGGUUUUGUUGAUUGAGUGGAUUCACAUGGGACUUGACUUUUGGAUACUGUUUACGAACAUGGAGAAGAUUUAAGA